UCUCCGGCGGCGGCAGCAGCAGCAGCAGCAUCCCCGGCUCCAGGCGGAGGACAGCGGGUGUUUGCAGGACGCAGCGGCCGCGGAGGGAGGCGUGCUGGUGAGGGCAGGGAUCCCGACAGGCUCCCGGGCCGCAGCUGGAUGGAGUCGGGCUGCCUCCACACAGCAAUGGCUAUGGGCCUGACAUCGAAAAAGGCGUCAACUCGGAGCGUCGGCGUGGAGCGAAAAAACCUCAUUACGGUCUGCAGAUUCUCUGUAAAGACUCUCCUAGAAAAGUACACAGCAGAGCCCAUAGAUGACUCUUCCGAGGAGUUUGUGAACUUCGCGGCGAUUUUAGAGCACAUCCUCAGCCACCGCUUCAAAGGUAACAAAACAGGUUCAGGAAGCUGGUUCAGCUCAGAUGGACAGCGCAGUUUCUGGGAGUAUAUCCGGCUGGCGUGCAGCAAGGUGCAGAACAACUGCAUCGCCAGCAUAGAAAACAUCGAAAACAUCAGCACAUCACGAGCCAAGGGUCGGGCCUGGCUUCGAGUGGCCCUGAUGGAGAAGCGUUUGUCUGAGUAUGUGGCCACGGCCCUGAGGGACACCAGGACAACCAGGAGGUUUUAUGAUGAUGGAGCCAUUAUGCUGAGAGAGGAAGCCACAGUCCUGACCGGCAUGCUGAUUGGGCUCAGCGCCAUCGACUUCAGUUUUUGCUUGAAGGGGGAGGUUCUGGAUGGCAAAUCCCCAGCUGUGAUUGACUAUACGCCCUACCUGAAGUUCACUCAGAGCUAUGACUACCUGAGUGAUGAGGAGGACCGGCGCAGUGUGGACAGCAGUAACAGUGAAGAGAGCGUCCCGGAGCAUCCCUACAUCCCCCUGGUCACCGACGAGGAAAGCUGGAGCAACAAGUGCCGCAAGAUGGAGCAGAGGUUUAAGAUCGUCUACGCCCAGAAGGGUUACCUGGAGGAGCUGGUUCGCCUGCGGGAGUCCCAGCUGAAGAACGUGGAGACGGAGAACAAGCGCCUGAGAUCCAGGCUGGAGGAGCUGACGGUUCAGAGCCAGCAGGAGAAGAAGGAGCUGGAGGCCAUAGUGCUGGAGUUGCAGGCACAACUCUCUGCCCUCAUCCCCUGUGAGUCUUCCCACCUGGCGAAAGACCUUCCCAUCCCCCUGGUCAACCAGUGGUCCACCAUUAAAAGCAACCAGGGCGAUGUCAAGCUUUUCCGCAGAAGGAGUUUCCACAGUUUGGAGCAGCUGUCUGCUGAGGCCAGCCUGGACUCCGAUUCCCAGAAGACCGAUGGGAGGCAGAACGGAGACGCUGCCUGGUCCUCAGCAGGUAAAGACUGCACGCCCUCCAUGCUCGGUCUGUGUGGCUCCCUGGCCUCUUUACCGAGCUCCAAGUCCCUGGCCAGCCUCAAGUCCAGCGAGUGUUUGGUCAACAUCAGCACUGAACCCAGCCCCGCGCUCUCUCCCAGCUAGGACCAGCGACGACGACGCCGAGCCCUAAGCCGACCCCAACCGAAUCCCCAGCCUGUCUGCCUGGCAAUGCUGUGUUGACCAUGACCAACCACCCGACCGCAACCCCGCUCGCCACCGCCAGCCUGAGCCAUCAGCCGCUCCACGAGAAGCCCGAUGAGAGAGUCUCGUCAUCAUUUCUGGAUUUUCGUACGGACGGACGUGAAGUUACGGUGAAGCUGAACCCGCUCCUCUCUUCGCUCACAGUCUCCCACCGCCAGUUUGUAGUGUCUGUGAAUCCCCUCGAUCGAGAUCAUGCAACGCCUCCGGCAACUCUUUCCCGAAUUUCUUUUCAGACCUUUCUAACGCAUCCAUUUAUCUCUUCAAACUUUUCUCCUGUCCUGAAUGUUACUAUUCCGCCCAUUGCAUCGUCUGUGUGUUUGUGUGCCCUUGCUGUUGGCCUGUUUUACUCUGUUUCUUGUCGAAAUGUAACCAAAACAGCACUUACAGCUCUUUGGAUGCAGUCGGAGCACCUGCAAAUAGGAAUCUCAAGAUAUUCAGAGUUACAGAUCCGCACAGAGGAUGGGAUUCUGCAGACUGUCCUCAUACUGACUGGAUGCUGACGGAGAAUGUCCGUAGAAUAGCAUUAAAUGGUGUGCUUGAUGAGUGUGACUGUGUGGUAUCAGCAUCAAAAUCCGGGGUUCCCAGCCCCUGAAAUGUCGUAUCAUAAUCCUGCUUGAGUAAUCAGACAUUACUGUUACAGUAACUGUAAACCUGUGCUGCAAUUUAUUGAUUCUAUCAGAUCUUAUGCUACUACAUCUUAUUUUAUCCAAUCAAGCUGUAUGUUCUUUUUACAUACAUACAUUUGGUUAUUUUGGUUCAAUGAUGUCUGUUUUGUGUUGCAAUAAACUGCCUUUUUCUGUCA